CCAGUCCCCCUAAACUGUUGACAAGAUGAAGUGGGUCACCUUCAUUUCCCUUAUUUUCCUCUUCAGCUCUGUUCAUUCCAGGGAAAUCGUCCGUCGAGAUGCACCUAAGAGUGAGAUUGCCAAACGGUAUAGAGACUUGGGUGAGGAGAAUGUGAAAGGCCUAGUAUUGAUCACAUUUUCUCAGUACCUCCAGAAAUGUCCAUAUGAAGAUCAUAUAAAAUUAGUGGGUGAGGUUGUGGAAUUCGCAAAAGGCUGUGCUGCUGAUGAGACAGCGGAAAAUUGUGGCAAAUCCCUUCACCAACUAUUCGGGGAUAAGUUAUGUAGUUUGCCAAAUUUUCGGGAGCUGUAUGGUGAAAUGGCAGACUGCUGCGCUAAAGAGGAACCUGAGAGAAAUCACUGUUUCCUGAGUCACAAAGAUGACCACCCAGUGCUCCCUAAAAUCGAAGCCCCUAAUGCUGACACUCUGUGCCACAACUUCCAAGAGAAUGAAAACAGAGUCAUUGGAUACUACCUGUAUGAAGUUGCAAGAAGACACCCCUACUUCUAUGCCCCAGCACUCCUUGCCUACGCUCAUCAGUAUAAGGCGGCAGUGAAAGAAUGUUGCCAGGCUGCUGACAAAGCCGCGUGCCUCAAAGAAAAGCUCCCUCUUUUAAGACAUAAAGUAUUAGCUGAAGGUGCAAAACAGAGAUUCCGAUGCUCCAGUUUAGACAAGUUUGGAGAGAGAGCUGUCAAGGCUGGGCUCGUAGGUUGGCUAAGUCAGAAAUUCCCCAAGAUUGAAUUUGCUGAACUUCAUAAAAUAGUGGAUGAUCUUGGCAAGAUUCAUAAAGAAUGUUGCCAUGGUGACCUAUUGGAGUGUGCUGAUGAUAGGGUGGCUCUUUCUGAGUACAUUUGUAGCAACAAGGAUGCAAUCUCCUCCAAACUCGGAAAAUGCUGUGAGAAGCCUAUAAUUGAGAAGAGCCAGUGCAUUGCUGAUCUGGAGAAUGAUGACAUUCCUGCUGACCUCCCUAACUUCCUUGCUGAAUACGUAGAAACCAAGGAUGCCUGCCAAAACUACAAAGAAGCAAAAGAUCUCUACUUAGCCAACUAUUUGUAUGACAGCGGAAGAAGGCACCCUGAGCUUGCUGUCAGCACACUGCUAAGGCUUGCCAAGGACUAUGAACACACCCUUGAGGAGUGCUGUGCCACAGCUGACCCUCCUGCUUGCUAUGCCAAAGUGGCUGAACACUGGAAAACUGUUAUCGAUGAUAGCAACCGUUUAGUCAAGGAAAAUUGUGAUCUUUUUGAAAAAGUUGGAGAAUAUGGUUUUGAAAAUGCAUUGCUGGUCCGUUACACCAAGAAAGCACCUCAAGUGUCAACCCCAACAUUGCUCAACAUUGCACAUAAAUUAGCAGAGGUUGGCUCUAAAUGCUGUAAGCUCGGUGACCGAGAGAAAAUAAGCUGUUCCGAGAGCUACCUGGCUUUUGUAAUUGACAACCUGUGUCGCCUUCAUGAGAAGACCCCAGUGAGUGAGAGAAUCACCAAAUGCUGCACAGAAUCCUUGGUGCACCGCAGGCCCUGCUUCACUGCCUUGGGAGUUGAUGAGACAUAUGAACCCAAGCCAUUUUCUGCAGACACAUUCACCUUCCACGCUGACCUGUGCACACUUCCUGAAGAGGAGAAACAGAACAAGAAGCAAAGUGUACUCGUUGAACUCAUAAAACAUAAGCCCAAGAUCACUGAUGACCAACUCAAGGGUGUAAUUACUGAUUUCACCGCAUUCGUGGACAAGUGCUGCAAAGAAGCCAACCAGGAAGUCUGCUUUGCUACAGAUGGUCCCAAACUGGUUGCUUCAGCUCAAGCUGCCUUAGCUUGAACACCUGAUGGACAAGCCACCACUAGUAUUUCAGUUGACCAAUGGAAGAAAACAGAGACAGAACUGAGGACCCCAAAUUCAUGCAUCUGUUUUGUUUCUCUGUUGGUGUCAAACCAACAGUGAAGAAAACAUCAAUUUCGCCUUACAUUUUUUUUUUAUCCUUCCCCAGUGUUGCAAUAAAUAAUAAAGGAAAGCAUAAACAAUC